AUGAGCAGCACCACCGAUAAACUACUCCAAAAACACGAUUCUCUUUUAAAAAGAACUACAGAACAUAAGUUCACCAAGGAACUGUGUUCAGGUACUUUAAAUGAUCGUAGUUUGUACAUCUAUUUAACACAAGAUCUCCUGUUUUUCGAGACCGGUUUAAGAUUGAUAUGUAAGACGACUUCUUUAGCGCCAACUACCAAUGCAUUGAUUACCUUAGCCAAAAAAAUUGGUUUUUUUGCUAACGAUGAAAAUUCAUACUUCCAUGAUUGUUUGGAAUUAUUAGCACCAUCCCUGAGUAAGGAAGAAAGAGCUAACUUUGACAACAAGAUUAUUCCUGGUAUCGAUACUUAUAUUAAGUUUCUAGAAGAUUUCACAAAGGACAGCUCAGUUACAUGGGCAUCCUUAAUAACCUACUUAUGGAUUUGUGAAGAGAGUUAUUGGAUAUGGGCUCGUGACACUCCAAGAGCUCCAGGCUUGCACUGGAAACAUCAAAAAUGGAUUGAUUUACAUGAUGGUGAGCACUUUCAAGUCUGGUGCGAAUUUUUAAAAGCUGAGGUCGAUAAGUUUUCCGUUGAAGAAGUUGAAAGCGUGUUUACAAGGGUCUUGCAAUUAGAGUUUCAGUUUUUUGAAACUUGUUACAACGCUUAG